AUGGAUAUGUCCUGCCUCCCCAUUUUCAUCCUCCUGUUCUUGUUUCCUUUCAGCAAAUCUGAUGACCAACUCACACAGGGGAAGCCACUCUCCCCCGGUGACAUCCUCAUCUCCAAGGACGGCGUCUUCGCUCUGGGCUUCUUCUCCCCCGCCAACUCCAACAAGAGCCUAUAUGUUGGAAUUUGGUUCUACAACAUCCAGGAGAGCAGUCGCGCCAUCGUAUGGGUCGCCAACCGCAACAACCCGGCCACCACCACUUCACCCGCGACACUCGCCAUCAGCGUCAAAUCCGACCUCGUGCUGUCGGAUUCUGAAGGCCGCACGCUUUGGAUGACAAAGAACAACAUCACAGCCGAUGAAGACGCGAGAGCCUCUGCGGUGCUGCUCGACACGGGGAACUUGGUCCUCCGGUCGCCGAACGGCACAGUCAUAUGGGAGAGCUUCGAUCACCCGACAGACACCAUCCUGCCCGGCAUGAGAUUUCUGCUGAGCUACAAGGGCCGUGUGAUGGGGCGCCUUGUCGCUUGGAAGGGCCCGGAUGACCCAUCCGUAGGAGACUUCUCGUUCGGUCUUGACCCAGACUUGGACAUGCAGAUGGUCACUUGGCACGGUGACAAGCUGUACUGCCGCAUAAGCGUGUGGAACGGCGCAUCGGUGUCCGGCGGCACAUACCCUGGCAACAACAGCUCUGUCGUGUACCAGACCAUCGUCAACACAGGGGACAGGUUCUACCUAAUGUACUCAGUCUCCGACGAUUCACCAUACGCACGCAUCAUGCUCGACUACACCGGCACCAUGAGGCUCCUCACCUGGAACAGCUACUCCUCAUCGUGGAUAGCCACAUCCGAGCGCCCCUCCGGCGGUUAUGGCGUCUAUGGCUCGUGUGGCCUGUUUGGCUACUCUGACUUCACGGGCGCCACCCCCACAUGCCAGUGCUUGGAUGGGUUUGAGCCUGAUUCAAUGAAUUCCUCGAGAGGGUGCCGGAGAGUGGAAGCACUGAAAUGUGGCAGCAAAAAUCAUUUUCUGCGCUUGUCUGGAAUGAAGGUGCCUGACAGGUUCUUGCACAUCCGAAACAGAAGCUUUGACCAGUGCGCGGCGGAGUGCAGCCGCAACUGCUCGUGCACAGCGUAUGCUUACGCCAACCUCAGCAGUGCAGGCACUCUGGGGGAUCAGACAAGGUGCUUGGUUUGGACAGGGGAGCUUGUCGAUGCGUGGAAGACCAACAACUAUGGCGAGAACCUGUACAUCCGCCUUGGGGACUCUCCUGCUGCAGUUCAGAAAAAUAGCAAUUUAGUGAAGAUUGUGCCGCCGGUUGUAGCAUGCCUGCUGCUACUCACGUGCAUAGCCAUUGUCUGGAAAUGGGUACAGCGAAAGAAGGAAAUCAAGAAGAAACUGAUGCUACGAUACUUGAGUGCUUCUAGUGAUCUUGGAGGCAAAAAUUCAGAUUUUCCGUUUGUUAGUUUCGAAGAUAUUGUGGCCGCAACGGAUAAUUUCUCCGACUCCAAUAUGCUUGGAAUGGGAGGUUUCGGCAAAGUUUACAAGGGAAUACUGGAAGAUGACAAGGAAGUUGCUAUCAAAAGGCUUGACAGUGGUUCUGGGCAAGGUAUAGAGGAGUUCAGAAAUGAAGUGACUCUAAUUGCCAAAUUGCAGCACAGAAACCUCGUUAGACUUCUUAGUUGCUGUAUUCAUGAUGAUGAGAAGUUAUUGAUCUAUGAAUACAUGCCUAACAAAAGCCUGGAUUCAUUCCUUUUCGAUAAUACAAGAAAAGAUGUCCUUGAUUGGCUGACACGGUUCAAAAUAAUUAAAGGGGUGGCAAGAGGCCUUCUUUAUCUGCACCAAGAUUCAAGAUUAACAAUAAUUCAUAGAGAUCUUAAAGCAAGCAACAUUUUGUUGGACAAAGAAAUGAGCCCUAAAAUAUCAGACUUUGGUAUGGCAAGGAUAUUUGGUGGAAAGCAGCAGCAAGGAAACACUAUUAGAGUUGUUGGAACAUACGGUUACAUGUCUCCAGAAUAUGUGAUGGGUGGCGCCUUUUCUGUUAAGUCGGACAUCUAUAGCUUUGGUGUUCUUCUUUUGGAGAUUGUAAGUGGCUUGAAGAUCAGCUCGCCUCAGCUCAUAAUGAACUUCCCAAACCUUACAACUUAUGCGUGGAGAUUAUGGGAAGAUGGAAAUGCAAUGGAACUGGUGGACUCAACAAUUGCUGGUAGCUGUCCAAUUCAUGAAGUUCUACGGUGUAUUUAUGUGGGACUCUUGUGUGUUCAACACCAUUCAGAUGCUAGGCCACUCAUGUCAUCAGUUGUGUUUAUGUUGGAGAAUGAAAUCGCUUUGCUUCCAGAGCCGGAGCAACCUGCAUAUUUUGCAGCAAGAAAUCAGGAAAAUGGACAUACCAGGGAAAACAUGGAUAACUCACAAAAUACCAUGAGUAUCACAACACUAAUAGGGCGUUAG